GCUCAGAAAAAACUCAACCGAAAAUGAAGAGAGAAGGUCGUCAACACGGUAUGGUUCGUACAAACCCAAUUUUACCCUUCCCGUGGAACCCAAAACCCGAGCCCAGAUACAUCAACAAGUCCAAUUCACCACCAACAGCUGGGCUUUUCACAAAGGUCUCAACUAAGCCCUCUAACCAUUCCAAGUUUACAGGCAAGUGCGGUAGGCCCAGGUGCACCAGUUGCCACAUUCAUCCAGCUGGAAAAUCAAAGGACAAAACUAAAGGCACUCAAAAGUUAAAGAGACGUGGCGAUGUCGUGUCGUUGGUUACGUGGAGGGUUGUCGAUGCAAGGCCUGGGUUGAAUUUUUCUGGGUUUUCGGCUACUGGGCUUUUGGAUCAUUUGGAUAAUACUGAUUAUUAUUCUUAUUACAUGGAUAAUCAUGAUGAUCAUGGAAUUUACUAUGAUGCCCCUGAUGAGAUUGAUGAUUGUGAAGAUAAUGGGGUUGAUGAUGAUGAUGAUGAAGAAGAAAAAAUGAGUUUCAUUGAGGUGGGAUUUUUGUGGGAAAAUGUUGAAGAAGAUGGAGAUUGGUGUGUUGUUGAAGGAAUCUAAUUCGGUUCCUUUCAAUUCUAUGUAAUUUGUAUUUACUAUUUAAAAAAUGUACAUUUCUGUAAUUGUAUUUACUGUCAAAUAUAUUGUAACAUUGAUAUGGCA